GGGGAAUUUGCCGACAGUCCCUGGGCGACGGGGCCGGCUGUGCCAGGCCGGCGCGGAGGAGGGGACCGGCGGACCAUCUCCUCCCAGAGCUUUGGAGGAGCCACCCUCGUGGCUGGGAAUUGAGUGGAGACACAGCUGGGCCACUCAGAGGCAGCGUUUCCUGGGGCCUGCAAGAGGAGGAAGGCCUGGUGCCCGCCCGUCAGCUCGAGCCCAGGCCGCACCUGCUGCACCAGCAACCCGGUCACUGAGUGGAGCCUGGCUGGAACCUUCCAAGAGCUGACUUGGGCUUCUGUGUUUUGCCAAGUGAGAGGGCGUCCUGAUGGCAGACCUGGACGCCACUCUGUUCACCAGGGAGACUCCCAGGAUGUCUGCCUCCCCGGACAACCUGAGCAUGGAGAGACGGCUGCACAACAUGACGGCGGACGACUGUUUCCAUUCUCGCAGCACCGUCCUCCAGGGGCAGCCCUUCGGGGGCAUCCCCACCGUGCUGCUCAUCAACGUCGUCUCGUGGCUGCUCGUCAUUGUGGUGUACUCCUUCCUGCGGAAAGCUGCGUGGGACUACGGGCGCCUGGCUCUGCUGAUCCACAAUGACAGCCUGACCUCGCUAAUCUAUGGGGAGCAGAGCGAGAAGUCUUCUCCCUCGGAGAUCUCCUUGGAGAUGGAACGCAAGGACAAGGGCUUCUGUUCCUGGUUCUUCAACAGCAUCACCAUGAAGGACCGGGAUCUGAUCAGCAAGUGUGGGGACGACGCCCGCAUCUACAUCACGUUCCAGUACCACCUCAUCGUCUACAUGCUCAUCCUCUGUAUCCCCUCACUGGGAGUCAUUUUGCCCAUCAACUACAGUGGAAAUGUUCUGGACUGGAAUAGUCACUUUGGCCGGACCACCAUUGUCAAUGUGCCCACAGAGAGUAAGCUCCUCUGGCUGCACAGCCUCUUCGCUUUCCUGUAUUUCAUCCUCAACUUCGUGUUCAUGGCUCGUCACUGCAUGGGGUUUGUACCCAGGGCAAGCCAAAAGGCCACAAGGACGCUGAUGAUCACCUACGUGCCCACGGACAUCCAGGACCCCGAGAUCAUCAUUAAGCACUUCCAUGAGGCCUAUCCAGGGUGCGUGGUGACCAGAGUCCACUUCUGCUACGACGUCAGGACGCUCAUUGACUUGGACGAUCAGAGGCGCCACGCCAUGCGGGGCCGGCUCUACUACACGGCCAAGGCCAAGAAGACCGGGAAGGUGAUGAUCCGCAUCCACCCCUGCUCCCGCGUGUGCUUCUGCAAGUGCUGCACCUGCUUCAAAGAGGUAGACGCAGAGCAGUACUACAGCGAGCUGGAGGAGCAGCUGACGGACGAGUUCAAUGCCGAGCUCAACCGCGUCCGGCUGAAGCGGCUGGACUUGAUCUUCGUCACCUUCCAUGACUUCAGGAUGGCCAAGCGCGUCUUGGAGGACUACAAGUACGUGCAGUGUGCCGUGGCCCCCCAGCAGUCCUCCGUGACCAACACCGUCAGAUCCUACCAGUGGAGGGUCACCCAGGCCCCGCACCCCAGAGACAUUAUCUGGAAGCACCUGUCUGUCCGACGCCUCUAUUGGUGGGCCCGCUUUAUCGCAAUCAACACCUUCCUCUUCUUCCUUUUCUUCUUCCUCACCACGCCUGCCAUCAUCAUCAACACCAUCGACAUGUACAACGUCACCCGCCCCAUCGAGAAGCUGCAGAGCCCCAUCGUGACCCAGUUCUUCCCCUCCCUGAUGCUCUGGGCCUUCACGGUGAUCAUGCCUCUGAUCGUCUACCUCUCGGCCUUCCUUGAGGCCCACUGGACUAGAUCGAGUCAGAACCUGAUCAUAGUGCACAAGUGCUACAUCUUUCUGGUCUUCAUGGUAGUCAUUCUGCCCUCGAUGGGGCUGACCAGUCUGGAUGUCUUCUUCCGCUGGCUCUUUGACAUCUACUACCUGGAGCAGGCAUCCAUCAGGUUCCAGUGUGUGUUCCUGCCAGACAACGGCGCCUUCUUCGUCAACUACGUGAUCACGGCCGCACUGCUCGGCACCGGCAUGGAGCUGAUGCGCAUGGGUUCCCUCUUCCUGUACUGCACCCGCCUGUUCUUCUCCAGAUCGGAGCCCGAGAGAGCCCACAUCAGAAAGAGCCAGGCCAUAGACUUCCAGUACGGGCGAGAGUACGCGUGGAUGUUGAAUGUCUUCAGCGUGGUCAUGGCGUACAGCAUCACUUGCCCUAUCAUUGUCCCCUUUGGGCUCCUCUACCUGAGCAUGAAGCACCUCACGGACCGCUACAACAUGUACUACUCCUACGCGCCCACCAAGCUGAACGAGCAGAUCCACAUGGCCGCCGUCCACCAGGCCAUCUUCGCGCCGCUCCUCUGCCUCUUCUGGAUGCUCUUCUUCUCCAUCCUGCGCCUAGGGUCACUACACGCCAUCACCAUCUUUUCCCUGGCCACCCUGAUCGUUUCCAUGAUAAUUGCUUUUUCCGGCAUUUUCCUGGGGAAGCUUCGGAAAGACACCGACUACGAGGCUGAGGAGACAGAGACUGUGUUUGACAUGGAGCCGAGCAGCACCUCGUCCACGCCCACCUCCCUGCUGUACGUGGCCACGGUGCUGCAAGAGCCGGAAAUGAACUUGACCCCCGCCUCCUCCCCAGCCCGGCACACCUAUGGUACCAUGAACAGUCAGCCAGAAGAGGGAGAAGAAGAAAGUGGGCUGAGGGGCUUUGCCGGGGAGUUGGACUCGGCCCAGUUCCAGGAAGGGCUGGAACUGGAGGGCCAGAGCCAGUACCACUGAUGAGGACCCGAGGCCUCCACCUGGCCACUCCAGUUGGGGGACCAGGGGACGGCCUGACCGAGGGAGGAAGGAGGGUGGCCCGACCUCCCCGCUAGCUCCUGCAGACUUUGGGAAGCCCCCGAUGGAGACAUCUGCCACCCCAGCCACGGCCACCAGGAGGCCACAACCUGCUGAGCAACUUGAACCAGAGGUGCCAAGGGCCCGCCCCACCCCGGGGCCGGGAAGGGAUGGAGAGAGGCGGCUGAAGCCCGGGACACAGAGACUAAAUGCUGGGUCAAGCUGCAGAAGGCGUGAGCAAGACAGGAGGCAGCCGAGGGAAGGCUCUCCGGGGUCACCCCUGCGCCAGCUGCCCCCUCACCGCCACCCCGAGGAGGAAGGGCGCGGGAGCUCCUUGUCACAGGCGUUCCCGCAGGGAGUCUGUAGGAGGUCUCUGCUCCCCAUGCAAGGGGCAGCUGAGCCCACAGGCGUGACGAGAGGCCACUGGGCCCCUUCCUGGUCCUCGGCCCCUCCUCAGAUUCCCCAGGAGCUGCGGGGCGGGGCCCUUCUCCGUUCCACUCUUGCAAGGGCAGCUGGGGCCUGGCUGCUCGGGGCCCAUUAAAAGAGACGUGUGUGCAUUCUGACGAAGGAACAUUCGGCUAGUUCUUGCUCGUUCAUGUGAGGCGGAGGGGGCAGAGGCAGAGUUCACAGCAGGGGGUCUUCUGGCCCCAAACUCUGGGUGGUGGGAAGCUGGAGAGACUCCCCCAAGCCCCAGAACCUGAUGAGAAGACCCCCAAAACCAAGGACACAGCCGCCAAGAGCAUCUUCUGCCUCAUACCCAUCCAAGUGCCUGGGCCCCAGCUGGCCAAGAUGGGCAACGGCUAAGGGUAAGAAAUCCAGGCUUCGAACCGGCGGCAUCAGCCAGCCCCCAGUUAGGACCCUUCCGCCGCCUCGGGAGCUGCCCUCCAGUGUGGCCCUGCUCCCGAUGCUGCAGGUGCAUCCGGCGGCGACUCACCCCAGCCCUGCCAGGAGCAGAGUGACAGCCGAGUCCCCACGGAGAAGCCCUUCAUGGUGGAGCGAGGCUGCCCUCCCAGGGCUGCUCCACCCAAGGCCUGGAAGGAGCCCAACCCUGAGCAGUGCUGGCAACACUCAGCCCUCUGCGUCUCCAGCAAGUUUCCAUGGAGACCACCAUGCAGCCCAGCAGGGAGCCACAGCGAGCCCGGCCCAGUGGCUCUGCGGCUCAGAGCCCUCUCAGCUCACCUUCCUAAGGCCUGAGCCCUGCUGUCCCCCUGCAGCCGGCGGGGCCAGGCUCAUGUCCCCCUGAGUCUUUUCACCAGGUGCUGGGCAUGCUGCUUCCCUGAGCUCUGGUCUCCCUGGCCUCAUCCUUGCUCUGCCUUUGCCACAGCCCAGGCCCGGCAGCUCCAAGCCCCAGCGCAGCUGAGGACCAGUGCUCAAGGGGCAGAUCUUGUCACCCCCUGCCCCCGGGGCACACAGGGCUUGUUCCAGAGAGCUUGGGCUGGGGAAGCUGUCUUUCCCAUUCCUUGUCCAGUUUGGAAUAAGGGGGCCUCCUCCCCCAGGAAUUUCACCAACCAACCACGGGAAGAGGCUCCUUUGACGGCAGUGUGGCCAGGCCUGGCAGGCCAUGGUGGCCGCCAGCUCCAGGAGCUGCUCCACCCCUGCAGGGUGUGAGUGCGGGAUGUGGGGGCCCUGCCAGCACCACGCCCCUGCUGACCUGCUGGUCUGUAACCACUGGCUCUGCCAUUGCCCCUCCCACCCCGGUAGCCUAGGAAGCUGCACAGAGGAAGGGGCCCACAGACCAUGUGGCAGGAGGGCUGGGGGCUUUCCCUCUGCAUUUGGGUCCAGUGCAGUGUGGUUCUGAGAGGCGGUGGUGUGAGUGUAGGGAAAGUGCCAGACUCCCUUGCUUCUGUCCCCUUCCUAGAGGCCCAGGGCAGCGGUUCCCCUUGACCUGCAGGGACCAGGGGCAACCUCACGCCCGGGCUGUCUCUGGCCACCCCCUCCACCUGCUCAGCACACACCUGUGGCACCCACCCCCAACCCAUCCACUUAAUCCUUCCUGGAGGGAGUUGCCUCCUGGGGGACCAGGUAUGGCCAAGCGCCUCUGAGAGGGGUCCUCCCGGGCCUCGAGCAGCCCCGUGCCUGCCUGCCAGUCCCCCAGCUGCUCUCUGGAAGCAAAGUGCCUAUCAGCAGCAUUGCGUCCCUGGGGGCCCCUGGCGGGGGUGGACUGACCUGGACCACCACCACUAAAGGAAUGUGCCAGAAUGCCGAACCUUCCUGUUACUAAUGCUAUGACCGUGCCUUGAAUAAACAAGUCC